UACAUAAGUGUUGGCAGCCCUGGUUGCAAAUCAGCUGUUUUUAUUAUUGCGUACUUUCGAUUUUCCGCUGAAAGAACAAAAAUGUUUCGUCAAUUAUUGGGUGCCACAGCUUCGCAACGUCUGCUGUUGCCGCUGGCCACGCCAAAACGCUUUGCCAGCAACUUGGACAAAACCGAGUAUGCAACGCCACCAGAAGUGGUCGACUUUGAGGAUCCCACACAUCUGCCGGUCCCGGAGUACCCGUUGCGACCCGACGAACCACUAGCGACUCGCAAGCAGCGCUUGCUGUAUCAGUCGCGCAAGAGGGGCAUGCUCGAAAAUGAUUUAUUACUGAGCACGUUUGUGGCAAAGUAUCUGAAGGAUUUCAGUGCAGAGCAAACAGCGCUCUACGAUCAACUCAUCAAUGGUGUCAGCAACGAUUGGGACAUCUAUUAUUGGGCCACAAACACAAAGCCCACACCGCCCGAAUAUAAUACCGAAAUUAUGGAAAUGUUAAAGCAACAUGUCAAAAACACCGAACGUGUGCAGCGCCUGAGGCAGCCCAAUUUGUAGAGCUGGUGUUAUAUAAUAUUUUUGGGGGCUUAUAUUGUUUGAUAAAAAGAACUAAGAUAAAAUACCUAUGAUUAGUAAUUGUUGAUUGUGAGUAACAGUAAAUCACAUAUUCUUGUUUCAUGUGCAA